AUGCAAGUGUUUAUAGUUCUAGCUACUUUGCUCUUAGCAGCAAAUGCACUUCCGAUUGAGGAACGCAUCAAUGGAGAAAAUGGUUGGCUUGUCCCUCAAGAAGACGGUGGUUUCCAGUGGAUGGACUUGCAAGAGGCUGAGGAUCUCCUCGAAAACAGCAAACCCAUCGAAGGUCGUUCCAAUGACGUUACCUUCUACCUGUACACCAAGCACAAUCCCACCGAGGGCAAGGAGAUCAGAGCCGAAAGGGCCUCGAUCGAUGACUCCCACUUCGACAAGAACCAUGGCACUCGCUUUGUGAUCCAUGGCUGGAAGGGACGCUACACUGAUGCCAUGAACAAGCAGAUCACCAAGGCCUGGCUCUCCCGGGGAGACUUUAACGUAAUCGUGGUCAACUGGGCCCGUGCCAUUUCCGUGGAGUAUGCCUCAUCCGUGAUGGCCGUUCCCGGAGCUGGAAUCAAGGUGGGCGAGAUGAUCGAUUACCUCCAUGAGCACCACGAGAUGUCGUUGGACAGCCUCCAGGUGAUUGGCCACAGCCUGGGAGCCCAUGUGGCUGGUUAUGCCGGUAAAAAGGUGGGCGACCGGAGGAUUCACACCAUUGUGGGCCUGGAUCCCGCUAUGCCUCUCUUCAGCUACGACAAACCCAGCAAGCGUCUCUCCACCGAAGACGCCUUUUAUGUGGAGUCCAUUCAGACCAACGGCGGCAAACUGGGCUUCCUCAAGCCAAUCGGCAAGGGUUCCUUUUACCCGAAUGGUGGCAAGAAGCAGCCGGGCUGUGGGGUGGAUGUCACGGGAUCCUGCUCCCACCAGCGAUCUGUCACCUACUAUGUGGAGGCCGUCACCAAGGAUAACUUUGGGAGCAUCAAGUGCGAGGACUACGAGCGGGCAGUGGCCAAGGAGUGCGGCUCCAACUACAGCAGCGUCCGCAUGGGUGCCGAUACCAAUGCAUACAUGGUCGGGGGCGACUUUUACGUGCCCGUGAACUCGAAGGCUCCCUUCGGCAAGAUUGAAUAG